AUGUCAAAAAAUAAUAAAUUAAUAGAUGUGGCUAAAUAUUUAAGAAGGUUCUUUUACAGAGUUCAGAAUUUCGUAGAAUAUAGAAUGUUAGUGAAUUAGAAGCAUAUCUUAUUUGUUGGAGGGAAUCAAAAUCCAUUAACACCAAUGCUAUAUUAGUAAUUUUAUCAAAAUUGGCAAAUUGGGCAUUUGGAUUUAUAAUCUGAAUUGCCCAUCCAACCUAAUUUCUUGCUUAAUUAGGAUGAAGGAUUACAGAAAUUGGUUGAAGAAGCAAAAAAACGUAGUAAUCACUAUGAUGCAAUUAUAAUAUUGGAAGACAAUAAUCAAAUAAAACAGGGAGAUGAUUUUGAGACAUACAAUGUGUAUAAAAGUGAAGUGACCAGAGCUUUAAUAGCGUCUCAUUUAGCGACAAAAAUACUUGCCUCGAAUGGGAUGCUCUGUUUUACUGUAGAUUCCAAAAGUUAUUUUGAAUCAAAAUUACCAUCACAGAUGCCAACUGCUAAGGUGAUGAAGGAUUGUCAAAUUGCACAUUUAUGCACUAAUUUAGGAGAGCGAGAUGAUUUAGAAACUGACACACUUGUUGUUGGAGCAUUGAUUGAUGAGGAUAAACUUCAUGAUAUUGUUAAGUACUUGAAAUUGUGGGCUGAUGGAAUAAAGAGACCAGCCAGUGGAACAUUUGCCCAUUUCAAAUACAGCACACACUCUACGCCUAUUGUUUAUCCUGAGUUAUUGUGA